AUGAAGAAGGGAAAGCAGGUGGGUGAGGAUAAUGAGCCCCCCAGCUAUCGGGAGGCGACUGCAGGCUAUGAGGAGAUGGAGGCCCAGUUUGUAUGGGACGACAAGAACAUCAGGCGGACCUUCAUCAGGAAGGUCUACGCCAUUCUCAUAGUUCAGCUGUUAGUGACAGUGGCAAUUGUUGCUCUCUUCUCAUUUUGUGCACCCGUGAGAUUUUUUAUCCAGACUCAUCCAAGCUUGUACAUGACGUCUUAUCUGGUUUUCUUUGCCACUUACAUCGCACUGUCCUGCUGUGGAGAGCUGAGGAGGCAGUUUCCUUGGAAUAUCAUUUUGUUAGUUCUAUUUACUUUGAGCAUGGCCUUCAUGAUGGGGUUUGUGUCAAGCUUUUACAAUACCAAAUCAGUGGUGCUGUGUCUCGGAAUCACAGCUCUAGUGUGUCUUUCUGUCACCAUCUUCAGCUUCCAGAGCAGGAUUGAUGUCACAUCCUGUCAGGGAGUCCUGUUUUCUCUGUGCAUGGUCAUGCUUCUCUGUGCUUUCACCUUCUCCAUUGUCGUCCCUUUUGGAUAUGUUCCCUGGUUACAUGCCAUUUAUGCUGUGCUGGGAGCCAUCGUCUUUACCCUGUUCCUAGCAUUCGACACCCAGUUGUUGUUAGGAAACAAGCGCUACAGUAUAAGUCCAGAGGAAUAUGUUUUUGCCACCCUCAGCCUCUACCUGGACAUCAUCUACCUGUUCAGCUUCCUGCUACAGAUUGUGGGAGGGGGCCGCGAGUAA